CAAUUAAGACAGUGACAGCUUUGACAUUGACAGUGACGGACAAGAGUUCCCUUUUCAUCCAUCGGUGUGCGGCGUCGCUUUUGCAAUUUUGCUUGCCAUUUCCUGAAAAAAACCAAGAAACGAGGAAAGAACAAAAUAUUUUAAAUUAAGAAAAUACAGUAAAAACAUGUCCGGAAUUGCAGCUACACGUCUUGCAGAAGAAAGGAAAGCAUGGCGCAAAGAUCACCCCUUUGGAUUCGUCGCUCGUCCGUCCAAAAACGCAGACGGAUCCUUGAAUCUGAUGAACUGGGAAUGCUCUAUUCCUGGAAAGAAAGGCACACCCUGGGAAGAGGGACAUUAUAAAUUAAGAAUGCUAUUUAAAGAAGAUUACCCCACCAGUCCACCAAAGUGCAAGUUUGAGCCACCCUUGUUUCACCCUAAUGUCUACCCUUCUGGGACAGUAUGCUUGUCUCUUCUUGAUGAAGACAAGGAUUGGCGCCCAGCAAUUACCAUCAAACAAAUCCUGUUAGGUAUUCAAGACUUACUCAACGAGCCGAACGUUAAAGAUCCCGCACAAGCAGAAGCAUACACGAUCUACUGUCAAAACCGUCUUGAAUACGAGAAACGAGUUAAGGCCCAGGCGCGGGCCAUGAGCCACCAAGAAUUGUAAAAUAAAUUUUGAAAUUAUCACUGUUAGGUUAAUGAAACUAUGUUGGUAGCCAUUUCGAGUCUUUUAAGCCAAUUAUUGGGAUCGGUCGUUUUUCAGUAGUCAACUCAAGUUCGCAGUAUUGAUUAUCAGUCAUAAUUUUCUGGGACGAGAAGUCUAUGACUUAAAUGUAAAAUCUGUCUGUAUAUGGUAACAUGGUGCUCCUUAAUGACUUACCUAGCUGUGAAAGCAACUCUUUAACUGUCGUGUCUUUAAAACUAAACGUUAUACGUUGACGUGCUUAAAUAUUAGGGCAUUCAGUAACACCCUGUAUAAUAUACAGUUUCAGUUCAUAUUUUGCUAAUUUAAAUUUCUUCACCAGCAAGCUACCAUUAUAAGAUUGGUAACCUACAAAAAUUGAGGGAGUUAUUGGUCCUUAAUGUCAGCCAUUGUUUAAUAAAAAUACCAAUAGGAUCAAACGAAUGAAUGAGACAGAUUAAACUGACAUUAAGGACAAAUAAUUUAUAAGAAUUUGUGUACUAAACAUAAACGUUUGAAUUGGAAACAAUAUAUAUCGGUUCCGUUCGAAUGUACAUUUCCAAUUUAACUUUAAGCAAAAUGUCAGAAACUUUCUUGUUUUAGCGAUUAUUAACUCGUUUCGAUUCUAAAAUAAAAACGUUUAGUACCGGUACUUUUAGUUAUUUAAUUCUAAGGUAAUUUAAGGAAUAUUUUUGUAUUUUGUCUCCUGCUGGUAUUCGGAAGAUCUAGUAUUUAUAUCUAAUAAUAAAAAUUUUCUCACUUAAUUGUAUACAUUUUCAUUUUUUUUCUUGUCAGUACUUAGAAUAAUAAAUUGGCAUUUUAUUAUA